UUUAAAAUAUCUUUAAUCAUAUACGAUUUUUUAAACGUAAUUAAUGCGUGCCGCAAUUCUUUUAAAGCGAGCAACAAUUCAAUUCCAGCAUGGAUAUGUUGAAUUGAAAAUAUUUCCAUUUAAAUAAUUGCUCUCUCUUUCUCUCUAUAAGAAUUAAUGCAAAUUAAUUUAUUUAAUAAUAUCAUUAAUUCAAUAAAUGAGAGCAACUGAAUAUUCAAUUAUUGUGCACAAUAUUUGAAUUGAUGCACACAAUAAUUCCAUUGAAGAGGAAUAAUUCAAUUAUUGUGUUAAUUUAAUUGAAUUCAUGCACAUAUUAACUGGAUUGAAUUUAUAGCAUGCAUGGUUGAUAUCAUCAAUUCAUAUAAAGAAAUCUAGAGCAACAAUUCAGCAGAAUAAUUCAUGCUAUCAAUAAUUUAACUAAUGCUUGCAAUAAUUCAAAAUUGAAGACAUCACUAUCACUAAGAUAUCACUAUUUAUUUGAUUAUGGACACAAUUUCAGCUGAAAAUUUUAUUUUUCCAUUUUUAAUGUUUAAAAUGCUUCACUAAGGUAUUUCUAAUGAUCAUCAAAAAUUUGAAUGUCAGUUGUCGAGGUACAUGGGAGAUAGAGAGUUCACAAUUCCUUGUUAUGUAAACAAGGCUCGUGUCCUGAUUUUGUUUACAUGUUAGAUAUACUAAUAAAAGUUUGCUUAAAGCAGAUUUUGCAAUAUACAAGUUAAUUCUCAACAUAAUUUAAUAGUUGCUAGUGUUUAGCACAUCUCACAUUGUUUUAAACAUGCUAUCAAGCAAUCAAUAUGUAAACAAAAACAGGGCACGAGCCUUGUUUACAUAACAAAGAAUUGUGAGUGCUGUAUCUCAUUUGUAACUCAAAAACCGAUAUUCAAAUUUUGGUUGACCAUUAGAAAUAUGUUAAUUAAGCACUGUAAACAAUAAAUAUGGAAAAAUAAAAUUUUCAGCUCAACUGUGUCCAUGACCCUUUGAUUUGAUGAUACCAGGGAUGGGGUCAAUCACAUUGAAAAUGUAAUUUUAAAAUACUUCUGAUUUAUACAUCAAUGAUUUUGUCACUUAGGCCCUGCAAUUACAUUGAUUUUAACCAAUGUAAUAAAUAACUUUCAAUUAAUUUGAAGAAUGUGAAGACAUAAAAUACCAUCAAAGACUGCAUGAGGCAUUAUCACAGGCACCUGAAGUAUGAAUAUUACUUACACCCCCCUUUUUUGAUAAUUAUUUUUGUGGCAAUAAUUUGUCUGAAAUGUGUGAAUUCCCUGUCUAUCCAUCCCUCUUUCGAUUUAUGUAAUCAUUUCACACUUUACAUAAAUGUAUGUAAGCUUUAAAGAUUAAUUCCAGGCCUUCUAUCGGUAUUUAAUAAAAUACAGCUUUAGAGAUUGGCUUUCUACCAGUAUAAUAAAAUACACUUGUGUAUUUUGUCAUACAGGUAGAAGGCCAAUCUCUAAAGCUUACAUAAAGCGUAAAACAAUUAGGAAUACAUAAAUCGAGAGAGGGCUGAGAUAGACAGGGAAUACACAUAUUUCAGAGAAAUUAUCGCUGCAAAAAAUAUCAAAAAGAGGGGGGGAGGUAAGUAAUAUCCAAAUUUCAGGUGUUUGUAGCAUUAUUUGAUGCUUGGUAUGAAAUGGGUAUUCCAAGCCAAAUCGUCUCAGGCGACCAUGAACUUCAGUGGCAACAUCCCUAUGAUUGUCACUUUUUAAGUACCGUUAGUUGUCAUUAUCAGACUAUCCAGAUAUCCUUCCAUGUAUUAAACAAUUCAGUUUCAUUACCAUUAUCAUUGUGUAUUGCACAUAAAUCCAUUAGACACUGACCAUAUCUAAACAAGUAUUUGACGACCUGGAAGUUUGUAAUUCAUGUACUAACAAUUUAUAUGACUGCCAUUAUGUAACUUACAGUAUAAUUAAAAAGUGAUUUGAUUCAUAUCUUAUUAAAGAAUAAAAUUAAACAAAUGUUCGAAUUUAUGCUGUCAUAUUCCCCACAGUACAUCCUUCAACAUUAACAAUCUCAUUUCUUUCUCAGUCCUUCCGACUUCAGCAAGUUUGGCACACUGUAACGACUUUUCUGUCACAAGGCAAGCCAUCGUUUCAAAAUUGUUUCUUAUUCAGUAAUUCUUCAUCUAUCAAAGCUGAAAAUACUGGACGGGAGAUCAAUUUACGUAAAAAAUAAUAUCACAACAGCCAUCCCAACGCAUGAAAUUGCGACAUAGGGACUAAGUCUCUCUCCAAUCCGUGCACAUUUCCAAAAUGUUCCAAGCAAUCCCGUUUUAUUUUUGUCCAAUAAACUUGGGGCGAUGGAUCUUACAUAAGCACAUGUACAAAUCAGCAACAAAACAACAGUCAGUAAACUUUGGAAAUUGAAUAGUGCAGACAUUUUUGCAUUUUCCUUUACUUCCGGUUACGUGUCUCUAUUGAGAGUAACUUCCCCUGGAUCUAUUUUUAACAUUUACGGACCUAUAAUGUGACGCAAUAUACCUCAUGACUAUAAAUAUAUUAAUCCGCGACUGCGUUUACAUACAUAUAAAAAAGCAAAAAAAUUUGUUAAAACUCUGAUCAGAUUAUUCAUUAUCUAAUUCUAUAUACUUGUAUUUAAGUAUCGGAGAAAAUACAACUGAUUUAACAUUAUUGUUGAAUAUGGAUUUAAGAACUACUUUGCUUUGUGUAGGGAUUUGAUUGUUUAUAUCAGUGGUCAGCCAUUUUGUUGACAGAGUAAAGGAGAAAUUACGCCUGAAAAAUACAGCAAUAAUGAAGUGGGAAUACAAAGAAGAACAUCCUUUUGAGAAGAGAAGAGCAGAGGGGGAGAAAAUAAGGAAGAAGUAUCCCGACAGAGUGCCUGUCAUUGUUGAAAAGGCACCAAAGGCUCGUGUUGGAGAUUUGGACAAGAAAAAAUAUUUAGUUCCCUCAGACUUAACUGUUGGACAGUUCUAUUUCUUGAUCCGAAAAAGAAUUCACUUGAGACCCGAGGAUGCCCUGUUUUUCUUUGUGAACAAUGUCAUUCCACCAACCAGUGCCACAAUGGGAUCACUGUAUCAGGAACAUCAUGAAGAGGACUUCUUUUUGUACAUUGCAUACAGUGAUGAAAGUGUUUACGGUGCAUAAAAAGGGAAUUUGCGUAUGAUAUCGGACAUUCUGUGAUGGUAUUGCAUAUUGGACGAAAGAAAAGUUUAUAAUAAUUGCUUUUCAAAUCUACAUUGUUGUACAUUCAGUUAAUGUUUCUGAUCGCAACAAUCAUUGAGUUUACUCUAGCAUGUCGCCUAUUUGCAUUUUUUUUAUAAAAAAAAAAAAAAAAGCAACAUAGUUCCUGUAUUAAAGUAAUUUUCUCAUUUUAAAAUAUUUUAUCAUGUUCACAAGAGAAAUAUUUGUAAUCAGACAUGCAUAUGUGCAACUCAUUUUGCAAAAACAAAAAUCAACAAAAUUUAUAGCGAAUUUGUUUUAAGGGAUUUUUCUGGAUAUCUUGUCCCUCUCAGAUCUUGGUCUUUGUAUCAUUUUGUGGUGUUUUAUUGUACAUUUGGUGUAUGUUUACUUGUACAUUUAUGUUGAUAAAUUUUUAUCAGUUGUAACAAAUUAUAAAUAAAAUUAUGGAAAAAAAAUGACUACUUAUGUUUGUGAAUGCUCAUCCAGAUAAUAAGGGAAGGACAAGGUGUUCAAGGAUGGAUUUUUGUCAUAAUUCAGACAAAUUAAAAGAUGUGCACAAUA